UUCGGCUGUGCCUUGUGGCGCGCGGCCCACCGCACAAAGCCGUCGCUGCCGCGGCACGCAACACACGCUACAAAGCCCAUCAUACCACAGCGCGCCAUGGGGCAGCGCUGGCUCGCCCUCGCCUGCAUCACAAGCACUGCUGCUCUCGAAUGCCAUGUCGGCCGCGCCCACGAUUCGGACCUGAAGGCCCAUUCCAGCGAUUUUGUGGAUGGCGUCGCGUUGCAAACGUGCCCGAGCGGCGCGGACGUUUGUUGUGUGACUUUUGAGGCAGCCCGGUGCGUCGCGCGUCCCGCGUUUCCAUGACUGCAUGACUCGCAGGUGCUGCACGCUCGAAGGCAACUUCUACGCG